AUGGACCCCUACCAAGGAGAUCCAUCCAUGAUGGAUAUGUCGGAUUCCAAUGCCAAUAUGUUCAGUACGAGUUUGAUGGACUCGAGUCAACUUGACAUGAAACCCUACGUCGACGAUAUUCAAAUGGACAUGGGCGACCUGUCUGCUAUUCCAUACAACUCGAUCGAGCCAAUGUCCGGCACAAUGGCUGAAUCCGAACAUAUGAUCAUGAACAAUGGAAUGGGGGUCUCGGGUACAGGAGCGGGAGCAGGACCUCUUCCUACUGGCUUCGGAGCACAACCUGGCAUAGGAAGUACCCUUACAGAAUUCACUAAACGGCGAAAUUGGUCACAGCGAGUCAUCGAGGAGAUUAAAGACCUCCUCUUUGUCUUAACCCCUGAUGCGCGCUUCCUCUACCUCAGCCCUUCGAGCCGGUAUCUGACGGGUUAUGAUUCCGCUGACCUAACAGGGAAAUUCAUCCACGAGUUUCUACAUCCAGAUGAUAGCUCUUUAUUUCUCCGUGAAUUCAAUGAAUCCAUUGCAACCUCUCAUCGCCUACGAAUGUUCCUUCGCUUUCGUCGUAGCGAAGGAGAAUGGACUAUCUUCGAAUGUCACGGCCACCCACAUCUCACAAAUGACGUCUCUCAUCUUGAAAUGACUGGAGGACCUCGCAAUAACGCAGGCUUCUGUGCGGGUUUCUUCAUGAUAGUACGUCCUUACCCAACGAAGAAUGCUAUGCUCCUAGAUAGCUUUCUGGAGCACAAACUCGAGAACGAACGGCUACAGGCACGCAUAAGUACUCUUCGUCGUGAAGAGGCCGACGACGCAGAAGCGCAGAAUCGACGCUAUCACAAGAAGAUGAAUGGUGCUGACAGCAUGACAGCCUCAGGAAUUGAUACCAGCGUCACAGGAUUCGGUGCUGGCGGCGAGUCUCCGAGCCUGUCAGAUAGACAAUCGAUCGACUUUGGCUCGAUGCCACCACCUGCCAAGCCUACAGUGUCCAACAUGGCACUGACUCGUGAAGCACUGGAUGAAGCGAACGCUUUCGCACGACCAGAUAGUAUCAAUGACAAAAUGGCACGUUACGAAGGCAGCAGUCAUGUCGAUUCGAUCGAAAUGCUGACCGGCCUGCACUAUCGCGAAGGGGAACGGGCUCACGGCAUAUCGACAGGUGGCACGUCCCCAGCACUUAUUCGUGGAGAUGCAGGCAUCGAUAUUCCUAUCGAGAAAGCCGACCUGCGUGGAGGCACGUAUAUGGAUAAGAAGCCUAAGAAGGUCAGGUCGGCCGACGAAUACGUAUGCACUGACUGUGGGACAUUGGACAGUCCUGAAUGGAGAAAAGGUCCGAACGGUCCGAAGACAUUGUGCAAUGCCUGCGGAUUGCGAUGGGCUAAGAAGGAGAAAAAGCGUACUGGCAGCAUGAGUGGCCCGAUCGGGUCCAGUGGUAACAUGUCUCUAACACCAAAUAAUGGGGGCGGUGGCUCUGGACAGAAUAGUGGUUCUAACACUGUGAUGGCUCCAGGUGGCAAUACACCGAGUAUGCUAACAGGUCGUGCGAACGAUGAUUUCACAGAGCACUGA